UGACAGUGAAGAUCCCCUCGAACUAGAUCCAUGAGGAAUAAAGUAUCGGAUACAUGCAACGAGGCUCUCUAGUGUAUCGAUUUUCAUUGCAUUUUAAUCCAGAGGAGUCAGUGUGUCAGUCUCAGUAGUUCCUGUAUUGCAAUCGGGCGUGUAGAGAACCGCUACAUCAGAAUCAGCGUCCGAUAUUUCUUGCUUUUUCCGUUUCUGUCACUUGUAUACCGCUUAGACGACGUCCAGAAAUUGACAACUCCCAAGCCUCUUGUGAAAGAAUACAUCAGCGACAAGUACUUAUCAACAUGGCCGAGCAGGUGGAGUUGUGCGUAGAGCAGUGGGUCGGCCCAUUGCACGACUUGUUGCAGCUUGGGGUAUUUUCGAAGAAGGAGAUCGAUCAAAUCGUCGAGACCCGCCGCAAUCAGGAGUACAAAAUGAAACACCUAACUCGCACGGGCAAAACGGACCUGUAUCGCAAAGCUACCCUGCAGGCAAUCCAGUACGAAAUCGCACUGGACCUCCUCCGGAAGGAGCGACUUGACAGCCGGAAAAUCGACAAGAAAAUCACGGAGUCAAGCCUUGCCGGGGUCCGCCGAAUCAAUGCCCUCUUCCGACGCUUGUGCCACAAGUGCCCCACCGACGCGAAAGUCUGGCUCCAGUACUUGGAUUUUCUUUUGCGAUCGGGGCAAACCAAGCAGCUAAAGGAGGUAAGCACUACACCGUGAUUCGUUUUUUUAGAACUUAAAUCUCGUGAAUCAACUAUACAUCUGACCGCUACGACUACCGCUAAGUUGUGCGGCAACAAUGUUGCAGCUAAGAAUCUAAGUUAUCUAACAAUAGUUCCCUCUAGUAACCCCGUCAGUUGGGUAAAUCAUUCAUUCAUUCAUUCAUUCAUUCAUUCAUUCACGAGAAUCGUUCGCAUUACAAACAUUCUUCAGGUGUCCUUCCAAGCUCUGCGACAUCAUAGUCGCAACCCGCAGCUAUGGCUGUUGGCGAUCCGCAGAGAGGCGGAGGAAGGGAAUUUCGAAGCAACCCGUAGCUUGUUCGUACGGAGUCUUCGGUUCCUUCCGAAGGAUGUGCAGUUGCUGAAGGAGUAUUUCAAAUGGGAAUUGAAGCAUGGAAAAAGGAAGGCCGACCUCUUGCAGAGCAGAGCAAAGGCACGCGACCCACAGCACCCGCCCGGAACCGAGACAGGCGCUUCAACUCUCCUCUCCGAGGACGCAGCAAAGGUGUUGCGCCCCGCGGCCGUCGUGCUGACUGGCUGUCUUCGACGGAAUGCGGCUGUAGCGGCCGACGUCCUGCCGUAUAUCGAGGCCUGCGGUGCCCCGGUGUGCAACCUGUUUGCAACUAGUGUGUUCGCAAGACAUUUCGCGCAACGCGAGCCGGGAAGAUCCGCAUGUUCAUCUUCUGAGGGCGGAACCACUAGUACACAUCCGGAGGUGGUGGAUCGAGAGCAGGCCAAGCUGAUGCAGUCGUUCGUUGAGAAGUAUGCUCCGCUUUCCAAAAAUGGAGCGGAUGUAGUUCGCAAGGAAACCAUAGACGGACGGCCCUGCCCGUCGGAAAGUGUAAAAGAGAUGGAAGCGGCGUUCCCGGUGCCAGCCCUUGCAGACGAGGUGGCGUUUGCAGAUCUUGGGCAAGAGGAGGAGGAGGAGAGCGGCAGCGAGGAAGAAGAGUCGUCUUCAGAGAUUGGCGGAGCGGAAAGCGUGCGCGGGCUUGCUGAAGAAGACGGAGCGACGAUGAAGAAGAACGAAAAAUCUUCACAGGCCGACCCCGAAGGACGAGCAAGAAACGAACUGAAAAACAACGAGCAUUCCGCGGAGUCGAGUGUUGAUGAUGCGACCUCUGAUUAUACCAAGCGACAGCUUUUAGAGACCCUUCAACGAGGACGCGCCGCUGGCUCCGAGCACAGCAAGGAAGAUGUCAGCGACGCGGAGGAGGAAGAAGAAGAAGAGAGUGACUCCGGUGCAAUCUCCGACAACGAUCUCGAAUCUUCUGCUAAUAAUCGGGUAGAAAAAGCAGGUGUAAGCCCAGUGGACAGGGAAGAUCUGUCCGAUGAAGAUUCGGAGGCAGCAAGCAGCGACGACGAAGAUGAGCACCUAGAGCCAAAUCUGAAACGACCAAAAUUUCUCGACUGACGCCAUGCACUCGUCAUAACGUUGUAGAACAUAAAAAUGGAUGAAUCUGUCAGACUGGAUCGCCUUCACCAUCGUAACUGCGGG